CAAGACACCUAGCUAAUCCACUUGCUCAAUACAUAUUCUCUCACUCUCUUUCUCUCUAAACACAAAAAGAAAAAGCAAUGCCAAGAGUCAUGUGGAAAAACUUCCAUCUUUGCUUCCCAUCAAAUCUCACCAAGCCUCCAUCGUCCGAAGCCACCUCCGACGAUCCCAACCGUCCAUCCCUUCCUCUCAUCAACAACUUCAACCUCCUCUAUGAUGACUCCUCCGCUGCCGGACGCCGCCUAUCUAAGCCUCUCAUCGACGACGUUGUACCCUCUUCAACGUUCACGGCCUCCACCCCCACCGCGGCUAACUCUUCUUCCUCCUCCGCCUCAUACGAUGACUCUGAUAACUACGGUUUUGCCCCUGACGACGGCUCUCCCCCUCCUGACUUAACCGCCGUUUUAGCCUCCCGUCGCUUCUUCUUCUCUUCUCCUGGUCGCUCCAACUCAAUCACUGACUCGCCGGAUCUCCGCUGCCGCGAUAACUACGAUACUGCCACUAGCACCAAUAGGCUUCUCACCGGAGGAACGGCCGUGAAAGAAUACGUGCAAUCCCCUGAUCCUUACAACGACUUCAGGAGAUCAAUGCAGGAGAUGCUCGACGCCGUCACAAACGCCGGAGAUCUUCGCCGUUACGAGUUCUUGCACGAGCUGUUGCUCAGUUACCUCUCUUUGAAUGCCGCCGAUACACACAAGUUCAUUAUCAGAGCUUUCGCCGACAUUCUCGUCUCUCUCUUAUCAGACGGCCACCGGAUUAGCUGACGUGUGCAACUCAUGUUAUUUUAUUUUUAUAACGCUUUAGGACAAAUCAAACAAUAAAAAGUAAAAUGUAAUUAUUGUGUAAUGAUACGAGAAAAUCGAGAGAGGCGUGGGAUUUUGUCUCGAUCGCAUGCUGUGUUAAUUAGAUUGCUUUUAAUCUCUUUUUGUUGUUACGGUUUCUAAAUAGAUGAAACUUGUUAAUUCUGUGACUGUG